GGUGAAAGGGGAUUAAACAAUUGUAUGAUAAAAUACUUUGUACAUAUUCAGGCAGGCAUUGAAGUCAGACACACUAACGUUAAGCGCCCAGGCAACGGUUGACGCCACUUUUUCGGAGCUCUGUCGAUUUAAAGGUUUUCUUUAAUUUAGACUCACUUGUGCAGCUCUCGUGUAAGAUAUAUUGAUUAGUAUGUUAAUAUGAUUACAUAUUUAACUGCUGAAGCAGAGAGCAGAACAUGAGUUUCGAGGCUAAGCGUUGCGGAGUUCAGUUCAGUCCUCCUUCUAUAGUUUUAAUUUAUCAACAUAAAGACGAAAACAAGCUGCGAAAGAGGAUCAUACCUGUGCGACACUUCUUCAAACAUUCAGACUGCAGCACAGCAGCAGAAAAGCUGAAGAACAACCCCCGUCACAGGGCCUACCUGGACUCUGUGCCCUGCAGUCAGCUGGAGAAGCUUCACGUCAUCCUGAAGGAUCACAUGAAGGGCUUCAGCCUGGAGCACAGCCUGUCUUCUUACCGCCUCGACCCCGAGGAAGACCUGAACAAGCUGGACGACAAGGAGCUGGCUCGUAAGAAGGGACAGAUGGACGGACUGUUUGAGAAGAACCGGAGGCACAAAGACGAUCCGGACUUUGUUUACGACGUGGAGAAGGAUUUCACGAAGAGCACGCAGGAAAAGUGCAGCUGGGAUGAAGAGUCUGAUGAUGGAUUUUAAGUUAAAACUCAACUUCAUGCUGAGAGGAAUCAGGACAAGCUGAUGCAGUUAAUGCUGAGCUCACUUAUAAAGAUAAGAUAAGUAA